AUGAUUCCUUUGAAAGGUCACCAGCAUUUCAGCCAUGAAGGCCUUUCUUCUUUUCCAGAAAAAAAAGGAAAACGAACUCAACAGCUUUGUCCUCCAGGCUGUAUCCUGAAAUUUGAAAAGUGCGGUUUCAGAUCUGAGCUCCUGAUCUUUGAAGGUGAUGGGUCCCCAAGCUGCGACCUCAGUUGGUCGGGAGCCCUGCGAGCCCGCCUCCCUACCACGCUGCUGACCCGCGGCUCCAGACCCUGCGUGGGCCAGCAGCUCGGGCGUGUGCACCCAUCUCGGCUGAAGACACCUGCGCUUCCUUUCCCACCCUUCUCCGCCCCUUUCGCUGCGGUUUCUCCGCUGCCUUGGGGAGCUCGGGAGCGGCUGCUGGAGGAGGAGCAGGGGGAGGAGGGGAAGGGCCAGGAGGAAGAUUUGCUUAGACACACACACGCGCACACAGCUGGGCACGUCUCCGGGAGGCAGCUGCCGGCUCGGGCGCGCCGGGGGCCGGGCGGCGGCCUUGACAGCGCCAGCCGCGGGGAGCGGGGCGCCGGCACAGCUUGGCACCAGCGGCUCCAAGACCCUGCAAGGGAAGAUCCAGCCGUACUGACUGCUGCUCUUUUGGGCGGAUCGGAAGAGCGCAGACUGCCCAACAAGCUGUCACCGAGGACGCCGGAGGCUCUCCCCCGGGCGCUCAGAGUCUGGGACCGCGCCGGUGCCUGCAGGGGCCGAGGAGGAUGCGCACCUCCUCCUGCAGAACGACUGGGGGCCCGGGCGCUGCUCGGACUCCGGCUCCGGCGGCCGCCCGUGCCGUGCCCACGCCGCGAGAGCGCGCCUUGCCGCACCUGGCUCCAGCCUCCAGGGGAAGUGCAGAAAACGCGCCCUAACUCCACUACUUCUCCCGCUUCCUCCUCCGCUCGGCUCCCCGCCCGGGACCCCGCCGCCGCUGCCGCCUGCGUGCGGGGCCCGCCCGCCGCUUACUCUCACGCGCGCACGCACAGCCCCGCUCGCUCGCGCCCAUUCACGCCGACUCGCUUUCCGCCCCGCCGAAGCCCAGGCAUCCGAAACUACCUGACCAACUGCCGCCGGGAGUGCAGGAGCCGCCGCACCCAGAGCUCGGAUCCGCCGCCCGCGUCGCCACCGCCGGGCCCACGAGAUGAUCAGGUACCCAGACACUUCAGCAUUGAUGUCUUCCCAUCUCAGUGGCAUUUCUGGUGCCCACCUCAGGAAUCUCCUUGGCCAACCUUGAAACACUUGGAAGUUAAACAGAAUCCACUGCAUAGAUUCUUCUUGAAAAUUUUCAUCAUAAAUGUUCAGAACUUUCUGAAUAAGCAUAAGGACUUGAAGGUGACCGACUACUUGUUUUUCUGUUUGUUCAGAGAUGAUCAGGUACCCAGACACUUCAGCAUUGAUGUCUUCCCAUCUCAGUGGCAUUUCUGGUGCCCACCUCAGGAAUCUCCUUGGCCAACCUUGAAACACUUGGAAGUUAAACAGAAUCCACUGCAUAGAUUCUUCUUGAAAAUUUUCAUCAUAAAUGUUCAGAACUUUCUGAAUAAGCAUAAGGACUUGAAGAUAAUCUUUUAUGUCAGGAACCUAGAAAUGAAAACAGCAAACUGUAGUUCAGGUUUGGUCAGCUUUACACGGAAAUCUGAUACUAAUGGAGAAAAAGAACUAGAAGAUACAGCUUUAGAAUAG